UUCAUGCCUCGUUCGAGUUUUCGCUAAACAAUUUACCUACUUACUUCGCUCCUCUGUUUGUAAUUUUAUCAUUCGUUUGCAAGCAGGCUUUGUAAGAGCUUCAAAUUAAGUGAAUUUUAUUGUUUCUAAGUGUACCCACAUUCCACUCUAAAACAAAAUGACUUUAGGAACGUACAACAGACAUCAAGCUGAAAAAAAGAAGCAAGCAGCAUUGGCGGCAGCAUUCCCGCAGGGAAUACGUUGCCAAAAAUGUCUCGAGUAUGGGCACUGGAGUUAUGAGUGCACUGGAAAACGCAAGAUAUUGGUGCGUCCAUCCCGUACUCAGAUCCUAAAGAAGAAUCUGAAGGCCAAAGAUGGCAAAGAAGAAGGCUCAUGCAGCAAUGGCAAAUGCAAGAUACCAAACAAGAAGAAACGUCAAGAGUCAGAUUGCUCCGACUGUUCAGACAAAAGCUCUUCAUCGGGCAGUUCAAGUUCGGACUCUUCAUCGGACAGCUCAGGAAGUGGUUCCGGUAGCGACAGUAGCGAUUCCGAGAGCGACAGUGACAGUGGAAGCGAGUCCGGAUCUUGCAGCGAUUGUUAAUGUGGCACUCCUUAGUUUUUUAGGUAUAGUUUUAUUGGGCAAAGGUUUUUGUUGAUGAAGUUUAAUUAUAUUUUAAUAUUAAAAAACGUAAUAAUAUAAAACUUAUUAUGUCACUAGUAAUUAAAUAGGUAGAAAUCUUUCCAAAUUCCUGAAUAUAAUUUUUAAGCAUCUACCAAACAAGGCCUUCUACAGGCACUCCAUUGGCAGCUUGAGUUGAAAAGUUGAAUAGGUACAGAGAGAAAUUGGAUAAUUCUUUAUUAAAAUUUGUAAAAAGUUCCCAUUGAUUGUUUAAAAAUGUAAUAGCUGAUGUUGCUUGAAAUAUGAUUUAACAAAAACCUUUGUCGAGAUUUUAUGAUAUGAAUAUUGUAAGUGCCGGUAAAUGCUGGUCAUUUUAAACAGUAAAUUAAAUUAUUUUUAAAUGUAAAAGUGAGUUUGUAGGUUUAUUUUAUGUUCGUUUUGUGUGUUAAUUUCAUGUCACAGGAGUAUAUAUGUUUUCGAGAUAUUAUUUUAUUCUUUCAUCAAUGAAUAGUAUAAUAUUGUUUAAGAUCUCAUUGUUUUAAUAUUGAUAUUUUUGUGAGUACUAAUAUUCCUGUGGUAUCUAAUACUAUUAAUUACCUAAUGUUGUAUUUGUUACCUGACUACUGAUAAACAAUUAAAUUGUGAAAUCAAUUAAUUCUAGUUAGUUUUAAUAAGGUUCGCCGGCCGUAAAGGAGGGGGACAUAUCUUGGCUUGAAUAUCCAGAAAUGUCAUGUUAAGAACAAGAUGUCUGAAAACUGACCCCAGUUUUACUAAGAUUGUUGAUUUGAAUUUGUUUAUUGGUAAGAGGGUAAUUUUAUAAAAUGUUUAACUUUAAUAUAACCUUAAAUAUAUGAAUGUAAUCUUAUAUGUAAGACACAUUGGAUGAGUUUUAAAUAUUGACAUUAUUAGAAGUUUAGAAUGCUUUGUAAAGUCGCAAAUUGAUAUUUUAAUUUUUCCAUUGUAAUUAUAAGUCUUAGGCUUCAACAAUAUUACCGAAUUCAAUGUUGUAAAUGAGUCAUAUUUCAUAGAAAUGUAGUUUUAAGACUUUGUAAAAAAAUGGAAAUAUCUUUUGCAUGUAGUGUAGUUUUGUGGUUUAUCUACUAGAUGUCAUUCAAGGAAUUUAUAAAAAAAGAAAUAAAACAGUUUUUAUGUAAUGGAACAUAUUUGUUUCUUUAUUACAUAAUUUAAAAGUUAUACAAAAAUAGACAAUUAUUUGAGAUUAUAAUGAAUGUGAGAUUGACACUUGAUAAUAAUUAUAUGGAAAUAGUGACAUAUUCAGGUACAACAAUACAAGUCCCGGAUACUUAUGUGUGCAGUAUUCAUCAAUUUGAAUAACUGUUUGAUUUUAAAUUCACUUCUGAAAUUCUUAGAUCUUGCAGGUUUUAAAACGUUAAACUUAAUAUUUGAACUUGUAUGAUUUUUUUUAAACAAGAAACAAAACUUUUCCACAGGUUCAAAGUUAUUAACUAAAAAAGACAAAAUUACA